UUAUAAGACCGACUUUUCAGCUCCCUGAUUAUAUCGUAAUUAUUUGGCCACUUUUAACUAAACUUCGUUUCAAUCUCAGGUAUUCGCAGCCUCAGCCAUCCGUGGCCUUCGCUUUUUCCAAAUACUCAGAAUGCUUCGAAUUGAUAGGAGGGCUGGAACCUGGAAAUUGCUUGGUUCAGUUGUUUGGGCACAUCGCCAAGAAUUGCUGUCUACUCUAUAUAUUGGCUUUCUGGGGCUAAUUUUUUCUUCUUUCCUUGUUUAUCUCUGCGAGAAGAAUUAUAAUGAUAAAUACACAUCAUUUGCUGAUGCUUUAUGGUGGGGAGUGAUAACACUCUCUACCGUUGGUUACGGAGAUGUUACCCCAAUGACUUGGCCAGGCAAAAUAAUUUGUGCAGUUUCUGCCCUUCUCGGAAUAUCUUUUUUUGCUUUACCUGCAGGAAUACUCGGCCCUGGAUUUGCUUUAAAAGUCCAACAACAUCAACGGCAAAAACAUUUGAUUAGAAGAAGGGUGCCUGCUGCAAGGCUUAUUCAGUGCUUGUGGAGGCAUUAUUGCUGGGCUAUAGCUAUUUCUUUCCUUUAG